AUGACGCCGCACAGGCACUGCGGCCACCGGGAGAACCGCGGGGACGAAGAGCGGCGCCUGCAGCUGGAUUCCGGGAGACUGACACCCGGGACCGACACCCAGAGUGACACCCGGACUGACACCCGAGACCAAAACCGGGACCGAUACCCGGACCGACACCCGGACCGACACCCGGACCGACACCCGGGACUGACACCUGGACCGACACCCGGAGCAGCGGCCCAGCAGCCCCUCGGAGACGCCGCACGCGCUGCUGCUCUGGUGUUCCUGCCGUCCCGUGACCUGGCGGACACGCGGGGACAGCCUGGCACCAGCCCCCGGCUCAGCCUCCUCCUGCUCGUGCUGGGCGUCCUUGCCCUCGACCACCCUGCCCGAGGCCAGCUCAGCAGCACCCUGAUCCUCGCCCAGGACAACACCGUGCGGAGCUGCCGCUGCCCCGGCGACGUCCGGGAUGACUACAGCCUGGCCAGCCUGCUGUGGCCCCGGCCCCUGGCCCCCCGGCCGCCUGCCCGUCUGGUUCACGCACUCCCCGCCCUGGGCCUCCUGCUGAACUUCACGCUGGUCCGGGACCUGGGGCUCUCGCUGUGCACGCACACCCUCCCCGCCCGGCCCCGGGCCCUCUGCGGCCUGGAGGGGCUCCGCGUCACCGUCCCGCCCAGGCCAGCACCCCGUGGCCCCGCAGAGACUCCUCCUGCCCAGGGAGCCCGAGAGCAGCACCCGGCGGCCGGCGGGCCGUCCUGUGCGGACAUCGCCCUCCUGGACACGGGCCCCUUCCACAGGGGGUCGGGCCUGAAGGCCUCCAGCGUCCAAAACGUGGCCGACACCGCCGGCAGCUUCCCCUGCUGGUCGGACCUUAGCGCCUCCCCGAGCGUGAGCAGCAAGAGCCGCGUGGUCACACUCGUUUCCUAA